CUGGCUCGACUGACAGACGAACGAAGAGGAUACACGUUUACAGAUUGUUGCGAAAAUGAAGAGAAAUCAUGAUUUUAGCUCCUCAGACAGCGAGCUGGAUGAGAAUAUUGAAGUGGAGAAGGAGAGCGCAGAUGAAAACACUGGCGGGAAUUCUCCUCUUGGAUCAUUGUCUCCAUCCACAACUUCUCAAGUGCAAGCGAGGAAACGUCGGAGAGGGAUCAUUGAGAAACGUCGUAGAGACAGAAUAAAUAACAGUCUGUCUGAACUGCGUAGACUAGUGCCAAGCGCCUUUGAGAAACAGGGCUCUGCUAAACUAGAAAAGGCAGAGAUUUUGCAGAUGACUGUGGAUCAUUUAAAGAUGCUCCAUGCUGCUGGUGGAAAAGGUUACUUUGAUGCUCAUGCACUAGCCAUGGAUUACCGUGGGCUGGGUUUCCGUGAGUGUCUAGCGGAGACAGCUCGUUACCUUAGUAUCAUCGAGGGACUGGACAACACUGACCCCCUCCGUAUCCGGUUGGUAUCCCACCUGAACAGUUACGCCUCCCAGAGAGAGGCUCACUCCAGUUUGGGUCACUUGGCAUGGGGAUCUGCAUUUGGAACACCCCCUGGCCAUCUGGCUCACCAUCUUCUCCUGCAACAGCAGCAGCACCAGCAGGGGGUGCCACCCCCACGCAGCACCAGCAGCCCUCCAUCCUCGAAUUCGUCAUCACCUUCCUCCUCAUCUCCAUCUGCAUCCUCCACAAAGCCGCAUGCCCUCAGCAGGCUGACUGGUAAAAUGAUCACCGAGGCAGGGCAGACCAGGCCACUCAGGGUACCGCCCAGUGCCUCCCUGCCCCCUGGGCUCACACCAGUUUCUGCAUCCAAGCUUUCUCCUCCCCUCCUGACGUCACUUUCUAGCCUGUCAGCAUUUCCCUUCCCACUCAGCGCAUUUCCUCUACUGUCCCCGAGUUCACUGGCCCCUGCAACUCCCUCCAGCAGCCUGGGGAAGCCCUACAGGCCUUGGAGCAUGGAAAUAGGGGCCUUCUGAACUCUACAAAAACAUUACACUCUGAACUCUGAAGUCAGUUAGAAAUUUCUUGUAAUUUUCUGUAAUAUCUGACUAUUUGGAAGAGAUGGACAUGCAAGACUUUCUCUCUAUAAAAAGGGAAAAGGCAAACACAGAACUGAUAAACUUGUCUUUUAAAACUGAGAGGGGUUCUGCAGAUGUUCAGGGUCUCGUCCAUCAGUUCCAAACUAUUUUAGUUUGUUGUCCCUCAGAAGAGCAAGGUACAAUGCAGGUACCUGCCUUACCUUGCUAUUGAAGUGAAGACAGAGAGAAAGAGAGAGAGAGAGUAAUUUGGAACAAAAGCAAUGCCUUACUUAAUGGGGUAAAACUCAAACCAGAAGCUAGUUUCAUUAUGAAUAAUAAUAGUUUUAAAGCCCUUUGCUCACAUAAAAUAUAGAUUUGUAUCCUAUAUUUUUACAUCAAGCAGAGAGUUUAAUGGCAAGAUAUUGUAAAAUACCUUUAAGACAAAGUAUGAUCUUAUAAAGGCAUCUUAUUUGAGAAAAAAUGUCCAGCAUCGGCAUUAUAUUGAGCGACUAUGCAAUCAAACUGAUGUUUUGCAACUUUCCCUCUGCAAUUCUACAAAACCUAUGCAACAGAACCUGUCUCAACUGAACUUGAUUAACAAAAAUAGUACUUUAUUUUUAUAAAGAUUUUAAAGAAUUUUGGUCAGUGACCUGCAAUGUUUGUGCUGUGUUUAUUUGUAUGAAAUGUCAUGAGAUUGCUGUUGGCAGAGACGGACCACUGCUACAUCUGAUACUAUUUCAAAAGUGACAGUCUCUCAGAACUGCACUAAUUUAACUCUAAUGAACGGCACUAUUAGGUUAGUGAAUAACAGAAUUGUGCAUUCAUGCACACACUAUCCCUCAUCCUUGCCCCAAAUAAUCUCUCUCUCUCUCUCUGUGUCAACUGUACUUGAGGAGCAGAAACCAGAUAAUUUUUGUAUUGUAAUAGGGAAAUUUGCACUGGAAAAAUCAUAUAUCUCCAGUAAGACUAGGGGAAUAGAUGUUAAAGGAAGAGAUGGUGUGGUACUGUGCCUGUGUCUCACUAACCUGUGUGACUUUCCUGUAAUAAAAUGAAUAUGUGUAGC